AUGCGUAAUUUAUUAGCUGCCAACCCAGUAGAUGGUAUCCAUGAAAUUCGCGCUUACCGACUGGAUGUUCGGCUACCGUACUGCUUCUGUGGCAGAUAUGAUGACCACCAAAUUCCACAAGAUAUUUGCGUUUAUUUCCAUAUUGCUCCUAUCUUCGGCUCGUGCUUUUCGGCAAUGCUCCUUCUUAAUUUGGCCAUAGACAGACUUCUAUCGCUGACAGCUUUCUACGAAGUCCUGUCCACUUCUUACGUCAAGUUCUACAUAGCGGCGCAGCUUCUACCAGGUUGCAUAUUUGCGGUUAUCGUAGACGUUCUGAUAAUUAUUAAUCGUACAGCAGAAGAAAAAGUCGUGUGCACUCUGGCGAUGCCAUUACGUCCACCUAUCAAUGAAAUUUAUAUCAAAACGAUUGCUAUAGUAUCUUUGUCACUGAUAAUUUGCUAUAGUACCGAAAAUAUGAAAAGCGUUUAUCGAUCCUUGAUUGUUAUUAGUCUUACAAUCGUUUUUGGAAAUUUUGGAGCAAUGGCCGUUGCGUUGACAGAUGAUCUUACGAAUCCUUCGAUCUCUCCGAUAUUACUGGCAGGGCUUCUAAUGAAUUUCGGCACUACAGUCAACUUUUUUGCUUAUUACUUAUUGAGCUCUCAGUAUCGUGAUGUUUUCGAUAACGUUCUUGGAAUUGGUCGCCUGAAGAAGUUCUUUCAAGCGAAGAAGUUAACAAGUGUUCAACAAAUAUCAAUCCGUACCGCGACUCACACCAAUAGCACCAAUCCGUGA